UGCGGUGCGAGCUGGCACGGGGAGCGGUGCACGGGCGCCUCCUGCUGGACAUUGUGCCCCUGGACAGGCAGGGAGCGGCUGUGACCGAGCUGCCCACUACCUCCUCGGCCGGUCCUCCUCUCCCUCCCUCAGCCUGGCUGGACUGCUGGGCUCCGCUUGUGUCCCGGGACUGAGCUCCCCUAGAAUGGAGAGAGCCAUGGAGCAACUCAACCGACUGACCCGCUCCCUGCGCAGAGCCCGCACCGUGGAGCUGCCUGAAGACAAUGAGACCGCUGUUUACACCUUAAUGCCUAUGGUGAUGGCUGAUCAACACAGGUCCGUGUUGGAACUGCUUUCAAAUUCUAAGUUUGAUGUCAACUAUGCAUUUGGGAGAGUUAAAAGAAGUUUACUACAUAUUGCUGCCAACUGUGGAUCUGUAGAAUGCCUGGUUCUGCUUUUAAAAAGGGGAGCCAAUCCAAAUUAUCAGGACAUUUCUGGAUGCACACCUCUUCACUUGGCUGCAAGAAAUGGGCAGAAGAAAUGCAUGAGUAAAUUGUUAGAAUUCAAUGCAGAUGUCAACAUUUGCAACAACGAGGGACUCACAGCUAUUCACUGGCUUGCUGUGAAUGGCAGAACUGAACUCCUUCAUGACCUUGUCCAACAUGUCACGAAUGUUGAUGUUGAAGAUGCAAUGGGACAGACCGCAUUGCAUGUGGCCUGCCAAAAUGGACAUAAAACAACUGUCUUGUGCUUGUUGGACAGUGGUGCAGAUAUAAACAGACCCAAUGUCUCAGGAGCUACACCACUGUAUUUUGCAUGCAGUCAUGGCCAGAGGGAUACAGCACAGAUUCUGCUACUGCGAAGUGCCAAGUAUCUUCCAGAUAAGAAUGGCAUCACACCUCUGGACCUCUGUGUGCAGGGUGGUUAUGGUGAAACCUGUCAUAUACUUAUACAGCAUCAUCCACGGCUAUUCCAGACAUUAAUCCAAAUGACUCAGAAUGAUGACAUUAAAGAGGAUAUGCUGCGCCAGGUCCUUGAGCAUUUGUCACAACAGAGUGAAAGUCAGUACCUUAGGAUACUAACGAGUCUCGCUGAAGUAGCUACAACAAAUGGCCACAAACUUCUAAGCAUAUCUAGUAGUUACGAAGCUCAGAUGAAGAGUUUGCUGCGGAUCGUGAGGAUAUUUUGCCAUGUUUUCCGGAUUGGACCUUCUUCUCCCAGUAACGGAAACGACAUGGGUUACAACGGAAACAAAACGCCCAGAAGCCAGGUGUUAAAGGUCAGAAAAGUAUAUGACGUUUUUAGGAAGAUAGACGUUAAAGAGAUGAAUAUGACAAAGCAUGCACACAUUUAUCAACCCCCUUCUGAACAGGACCCUUUAGAAUUACUUUGGCAUUCCUUAGACGAAUGGCUAGUGCUUAUAGCCACUGAACUGUCUAAAAACAAGAAGGACUCCACCAACAUCGCUUGCAUUUUGCUUAAGCAAAACCCACUGGAUCAACAAGAUAUUCCUCUUGCUCAUCAAUCAGCCAUUGGUACAAAUGGAAGCCAAGAACAUCUAUCCAUAUCACCAGGCAUUGGAGACUUUGAGAGCUACGAUGCUACUGGGAAGCAGGAUGCUGUUGCAGAUGGUCAGGAUGUUAUCUCAAUGACAGCAAAUCGACUGAGCGCUGUCAUUCAAGCUUUCUACAUGAUGUGCUCUUGCCAAAUGCCUCAGGGAAUGACAUCACCGCGUUUCAUUGAAUUUGUCUGCAAACAUGAUGAAGUUUUAAAAUGUUUUGUUACAAGGAACCCCAAAAUCAUUUUUGAUCACUUUCAUUUUCUUCUGGAGUGCCCAGAACUGAUGUCAAGAUUUAUGCACAUUAUAAAAGCACAGCCUUUUAAGGAGCGAUGUGAAUGGUUUUAUGAACAUUUGCUCGUAGGACAGCCGGCUUCUGAUAUGGUGCAUAGACCUGUGAAUGAGAAUGACAUACUGCUUGUGCACAGAGAUUCUCUUUUUAGGAGCAGCUGUGAUGUGGUGUUUAAAUCAGAUUGUGAAAAACUUAAGCAAGGGAUCGCGGUGCGUUUCCAUGGAGAAGAAGGCAUGGGCCAAGGUGUAGUACGAGAGUGGUUUGACAUAUUGUCAUCUGAAAUUAUUAAUCCGGACUAUGCCCUCUUCACACAGUCAGCAGAUGGAGCAACUUUCCAGCCAAAUAGCAACUCAUCGGUCAAUCCAGAUCAUCUCAACUACUUUAGAUUUGCUGGUGAAAUCCUGGGUUUAGCACUGUACCACAGACAACUAGUAAACAUUUAUUUCACCCGGUCAUUUUACAAGCAUAUUCUUGGUAUCCCUGUAAAUUACCAAGACGUGGCCUCUAUUGACCCAGAAUAUGCAAAAAACUUACAGUGGAUUUUAGAUAAUGACAUCAGUGACCUCGGCUUGGAACUUACUUUCUCUGUGGAGACAGAUGUGUUUGGAGCUAUGGAAGAAGUGCCUUUAAAACCCGGUGGAAUGAGCAUACUUGUUACUCAAGAGAACAAGGCAGAAUAUGUUCAGCUUGUUACUGAACUGCGGAUGACGAGAGCAAUCCAGCCUCAGAUCAAUGGGUUUUUGCAAGGGUUUCACAUGUUUAUACCACCUGCUUUAAUACAGCUUUUUGAUGAAUUUGAAUUGGAGUUACUUCUGUCUGGUAUGCCAGAAAUUGAUGUUAAUGAUUGGAUGAAAAACACGGAAUAUACGAGUGGCUAUGAAAGACACGAUCACAUUAUUCAGUGGUUUUGGGAAGUGGUGCAAGAAUUAACACAGGAAGAGAGAGUUUUGCUUUUACAAUUUGUAACGGGCAGUUCUAGGGUACCUCAUGGCGGUUUUGCAUACAUCAUGGGUGGAAGUGGGCUACAGAAUUUCACAAUCGCAGCUGUGGCUUAUACAUCAAAUCUACUUCCAACAUCAAGCACUUGUAUCAAUAUGCUUAAGUUACCUGAAUAUCCCAGUAAGGAGAUCCUUAAGGACAGACUGCUUGUGGCUUUGCACUGUGGAAGCUAUGGUUACACAAUGGCGUAAUAAAGACAGAAAGAAACUCAUCUGACUACUGAUGCACAAUUCAGAGUGGCAGAACCAAUUUAGAAAACUGUCAAGAGAAAAAAAAAAAAAAAGUGUAGAUACAGCCCACGGGUAGGGCUGACUUUCAGAGAUUUGUAAAGUACCUAUUUUCUCCUAGAUUAAGUAUUUUUUGCGGAUGUGUGAUUUUUCAGAAGCAAAAGACAAAAAACUCCUUUCUGCAGAAUCACAGUUUUCCUUUUAUAGGUGCAGUUUGAAAAAUAGGGUACAUGUGUCCUUAUGAUUGAGGGUAGCUUUGUUUAUCUCAUUGUUUCGAUAUAUGUUCAGUCCAUGGUUUACUUGUACAAUUUGUUUUUAGUUCCUUACUUUUUUGUUUUUGUUUUAAGAGGUGUGUGUGUGUGUGUGUGUGUGUGUGUGUUAACAUUGCAAACAUUUGAAGGUUGUCUGUUUUGGGCAGUAUAUAAAAUGCUGUUAUAAAAAUCAAAGGUGUAUUUACAUAUCUUUUUAUAUAUUUUCUGUUUUUAAACUGUUUGUGUACAUAUGCUGUAAGCAAAUUUUGUUUUGUAAUCUUACCACACCGCUGUUGACAUUUUUAUCUCGUGUUUGCAUUUGCAAAUACACAGGUAUUUCUUGUAA